UUGGACUGAAUGGGCGUGGUCCGAUCAUGGAAAUUUCAAAUAGAAGCUCUUUGGAAUUGACUGGCUACUACAUUAUUAAAGUACAAGUAUAAAAAUCAUGGCAGAGUCGACAAGAAGAGGGUCUGGGUACAGUCGUAGCAUGUCGACUGAUGAGCUGGUGGGCUGGCUGGAAGAGAGAGGAGUGGCUGAGAAGGAUAGAGGAGCAUUGAGUGAUGAGAGUUUUACUGGUCAGUCAUUUCUGCUCCUGGACAGUGCCAGUAUAAAGGAACUAGGGAUAAAGAUGUCAGGGAGACUGCAGCUUAAUAAGCUUAUCAAAGAGGCAAGCAUCUCUAUUGAGCCUGAAGACAAUGGAGUGUUAGAUGAGGGUCGUGUGGUGGUACCUCCUGCUAGUACACUGAUCGUCAAUAAUUUCAGUGAGAGCUCACCCACUGGGGGGACUAACAUUAGGGUCCAGGAAAUGAGAGACCCUCAAGAGUCACCCACCAGGCAGCAGGGAGAAGAAGAUGUGACGAGAGAGCCAGUGUCUCCAGUAUCUCAAGCACAAGCUAGUGGAGACGCUACUACCCGGGCAUUACCCUCCAAUCGGGACAAUGAAGAUGUAGCCAGGGAAGAAGAGGCUCCUGUGUACUGCACCCAAGGCCUUGAGUCGGGCACUAGUGUGUUCUCCUUUGAUCACACUGUGCACAUGUACCGCAAUAAGAUAUGGGCCGGGAGAGAGCUACUCAAAGUAACCUUUCUGAACCCUGACGUUCUCAACAGUUGGGGACUCACUAGAGACAAUAUCCUCGACUGGGCCAAGGUCUGGGACGUUGGAAAUGAGAAAGUACCAACAUUUAAACAAGUACCAAAAGCAUCAAGAGCAGAUAUUAGAGUAUUAUUAUCAGAGACGCAAGCUUGCUCUUCAAAGAUAGGCAUGGAUGCAGAGAAGGUUCAACCUGUAACUAAUCCGACCAUGGUGCUCAAUCUCAGAGGACUACCAGCGCACCUCCAAAGAAGUCUGGUCAUCCACGAGUUUGGACAUGCCUUGGGGCUCGAUCACGAACACCAGCGCUCUGACUUCUGGGACGCUAUGAGCGGCUAUUUCGAGAGAGGGAAUAUUCCUCCAACACAAGCCUCGAGAGUUUUAAAGAAAAUGGACUCUAUAGAUUUUGAUCAAGUACUUGAGUAUGAUCCAGACAGCAUCAUGCACUACUGGUUUGACCCUGACUGGCUUAAGAUGCCCCGUCACCGUGUCAGACAGAACAUUAACACAGACAAUACACUCAGUGCCAAAGAAAAAAGAUAUCUUCUGGGUGUGCAUAUGAGACAGGGACAAGACCUAUUACCUAGGCAACCAUCAGAAACAGACUUGAGGUUCCUUGAGAGCGCAUAUGAAGGUGCUGACCAGUGUUCUGUAUUUCCAGGGAGACGGGAAUUGAACAGGGUCUCAAGUCGUGAUUGGGAACCAAAGCUCCCUAGAGACACUGUUUUGCAAGUGAAUAUCCACAAACAAGAGAUUCUGAACACUAUUUGGGAUGUCCGUGCCCAGUGGAGAGUGAUUGGUGAUUCUCUGGGCUUGUCGGUCGGUGAACUGGAUGCAAUACAUGCUAAUUCCAGUGACUACCUCAAUGAUGUCCUAGUGUCAUGGAUCACUCAAGGGAACAAGUACAUUGGAGAGUUACUGGUCGUGCUCCGGUCCCCAGCAGUGGGCAGGGCUGACCUCGCUGAGAAAAUUAUAAAGACAAAUUAAUUAUGGACCCGAACACAAACACUAAAGACUACAUGUACAGGACUACGUGUAUAACUAUUAAUUUUUGUAUUUUCUGUGUUACCUUGUGCUACAUAUUUGUGGCAAUCUGUCUUAACAACUAAUAGAA